GUCCUUUUCGGCCGGAAGUCGGAAAAUGAGGGAAGGGGGAAAGCGUCUCUUCUCAGACAAGAUUGCGAUUUGUUUUUAAAGUGUAUGAAUUCAGGGUGUUGAAAAUGGAAGAAAAUGGACCGACAGUUGAAAUUGUCAAGCAGGAGCGUGAAGAGGAAGAUUGCCUUUACCCCUUUGUUUGUGGACUUUGUGGGUAUCGGUUUAAUAGAAUUAAAGAAUACUGCCAGCACUUUGAAGUUCAUAGUGACAUGGUGACCUCAGAAUACUUCCAUUCUUGUCAUGCUGAAACAGGGGAAGUUGAUGUAUUUGAAGACAAGUAUGACAGUUCAGCAAGGUACUACACUUGUGGAGUCUGCAAUCAAGAAUUUGCUACUCUUUGCCUUUUGCAUGAUCAUUUCUGUCGAAAAUAUGACGGUGGAUUGUACAUUGUAGACACAGACAAGAGGAGAGGUAUUCCUAGGGAUAGAAGAUGUGUUGGAACAGUUUUCACAGGAAGUAUGACAAUGCCAGAGGUUGGUGAGAUAGUGAAAACUGAAGUUACCGAGGAGGAUGGAGAUGAUGAUAUGGAGGAGGAUGAAAUAAGUGAUGAGGAAACUGAAAUGAGCUAUGAAGACAUGACUGAAGAAAAUGACACACCAUCACAAUCUCAAGAAAGUAUUGAUGAACCAAGGAAAAGUAGAAGGAUUGCAGAUAAAUCAGGAGCUGAAAGUGGUAUUGCUAUACAAAAAAUAACCGUUAAUUUUGGAGAUCAUACAGAGACAUACGAUGUUGGGAGAAACGAUGUAGAACAGCAAAAGGCUAAAAGGGUAACAAAGACAGAUCCAGAUGAAAAGGCAAAGAGCACUGAUAAUAUAUUAGGUGUCACAGCAACUGAAUCUGAAGCUGAUGAGGAUAUGUCAGAUGACUUAGAGAAAGGUGAACAUAAUUAUGGCAUGAGUUCUGAGACAGAGAGUCCAAUGAAGAAGAUGAAACAGAGAAAGAAAGUGAGAAAAAGAACUGACAAAUCAGUAGAGGAUGACAUGUUCGAUUCAUAUGAAAAUUCGGAAAAUUUGAAGGCAAGGAGGGGGGAUAGUACACCUGUUCCAGCAAGUGAAAUUAAAGGCCUUAUUGCUAAAGCAAAGCUAGUGGGAGAAGAUGAGGGGUCAAACAGUCGAGUGUACUGUCCAGUUUGUGACAAAAUUGUUUUGAAGACCUACCUCUAUCAACAUUUUAAGAAAGCUCACUCGGAUGAACAGUUCCCAUGUGAAAUAUGUGGAAAGAUUUUCUCCAAUAAAGGAUACCGCACAGAUCACAUUCGGUUCUUUCAUAAGGGCAUAAGGAAGAGUAGAGGAGAGGGAGGUGGGGGGACAAAGUUUGGAAGAAACUACAAAGCAGAAUCGAGGGCUAUUUUAGAGAAGGCAAAACUUGUUGGGGAAGAAGAUGGAAAUAAUACUAAGGUUGAAUGUCCAGUGUGCAACAAAGUACUGCUCAGGCAUUAUCUUGUCAAACAUCAUCAGAAGUUACAUUCAGAUAAGAAGUACCCGUGUGACCAGUGCAACAAAGUCUUCCCAUAUAAUGGUUAUCUAGCAGACCAUAAGAGAUACGUUCAUCAGGGGAAGAAAAAGAAGUCAAUGUUAACGAGGUAUGCCAAGGAGCCAGAUAUUAUUGCCUUGUGUGAUUCUGCACAGCCCCUUGCUAGGAAGAGGGGCGAGAAACCUAAAGUGGCCUGCCCAAAAUGUGACAAAACUAUACAAAAAGAAUAUCUAGCGAAACAUCUACGUGCAGCCCACUCGGAUCAGCAGUUUCCAUGUGACAUAUGUGGAAAGGUGUAUUCAUGUAAAAGGUUUUUGUAUGAGCACCAAAAGUAUGUGCAUAUGGAGAAAGAUACAGAGUGUGAGGUGUGCCAUAAGAUGUUUAAAGGUGUUGGUGCCAAGGAGAAACAUAAGAAAAUGAUCCACACAGAUGAGAGGCCAUUUCAGUGUGGUACAUGUGGAAACAGGUUCAGGACAAGUUUUGAAUGUAAAAGGCAUCAGUCUCAGCAUGAAGAUGUCAACCUUGUCCCUUACCAAUGUCCGAAGUGUGACAGACGUUUCAAAUCCCAGAAGUCGAUGUUGAGCCAUGAGAGAUCAGUUCACAGAAGGGUUGGACGCCUGCAGUGUAAAUGGCCAGGAUGUAACCGAAUUCUUAAUGAUAAAGCCACAUUUAGAAAACACUACUGCAUUCAUACUGGGGAAAAGCCGCACAAGUGUCCUGUUUGUGGCAAAGGUUUUAUUCAGCGUGUAGCGCUGAAAUAUCACCUGAAGACAAAACACGACAGUGAGGACAAGAUGCCCCCUGGAAAAUCGCCUGUCUGUGGUGAACCGAGGGUAAGACAUGGAGGUAUACAGCUGUUCAGAGAGGCCCAGCCUGUACCACUGGAUCCAGAUGAAUACGUAGAGGAAUAUACCGAGGUUCCAGUGGAGAACAUCGUGCAAGGUACUCAGGUGAAUUUGUCGGAUGCUUCCAUUGUGUCGGAUCUUAUCGAGAUUGCUCAGUCGAGUGAAGGAGGGACUGUUCCAGAGGCAUUACAACAUGUGUUUGACGGAGAAAAUAGAACUAUAGUUAUAUACUACCAGUGAUUAGCUGAUACCUUGAUUGAUGUUAUAUAUGAGCCACGCCAUAAGAAAACCAACAUAGUGGCUUUGCGACCAGCAUGGAUCCAGACCAGCCUGCGCAUAUGCGCAGUCUGGUCAGGAUCCAUGCUGUUCCCUUUCAAAGCCUUUUGCAAUUAGAGAAACUGUUAGCGAACAGUAUGGAUCCUGACCAGACUGCGCGGAUGCGCAGGCUGGUCUGGAUCCAUGCUGGUUGCAAACUCACUAUGUUGGUUUUCUCAUGGCAUGGCUCAUAUAUUGGAUUGAUUGGAAAUAAGUUUGUGUACAUGUUGUAUGUUAUAUUUACCAAUGUUUUCCUGUAAAUAGUUCAUUGUUCUUUCAUUUUGCUCUUGUAAGAAGGUGUUAAGGAUUUUGUUCUUUGUAUUUAGUACACAAAAAACAACAACUAAGUACACAAAAAACAAUAUUUAAAAUUGUAAUUUUAGUUUAGUGUUUCCUGCAGGCCUUUUUAACAUGGCGCAGCGCCAUGCCCCGUUUGAAGUGCCGCCAAGCUGCCCUUCAAACCGCCCGUUUGCGCCACGUGCCCUUUUAUUCUAUGAAGCUUGUAUAUUUAUCUUGACAAGUGCCUUUUCAAAACCAGUCUGGAAAGCCAAUGUCCGCUGGCCAUGUUCCGUGUAUUGUACCGUCAAUUAGCGGCUGUGAUCAACAGGUCGACACGUGGGUGCAUCAACCGUGAAUGACCCUGAUUAAGAACUGACAGGAUUAUGCAAUCAAUUACUGUUUUAUGAUAGUUUAAUUGGGAACAGUAGAUGAAAAUUUGUUUGUUUUUAGCACGUCGACGGAGAAGCAACAUGUAGCCUUUUUACGGAAGAUAUGAUUGAAACGGUCAAUUAAACGAUAAUUAUUUUAAAAGGUUGUAAUCAUUUAAAAUGUAGAUUGAUUAACGCACAUUUUCGAUGCGCUAAUUAGGCCUUUAAAAAUAAAAUAUUGAAGGUUUGCCGAUCGCCGACCAACCCAUGAAAAUUGACCAGACUCAAAAAUAUUUUAUAUCGAUUUUAUCUACAAGAUUUAUUUUAUUCCUUUACGGAUAUCAUUUAUAAAAAUAAUAAGAUAAACGUUUAAGCUUUAGAAUUAUACCAAAUUCAUUAAAAUCGACCGAUGUCUUGAUUUUUAAUAUUACGAAGCACAUUCAUGACGCGCCGAUGCAGAAGUCGUCGCCAUCUUGAAAAUUUGAAAACGUACAUCGGUAUGAAAAUAACCGAUAACUUAGCGAUUAAGUUAUAAAAACUGAUCGAGAUUUAAAUGAAUAAACUAAAAAUGCAAGGCCCUAGUUUUGUUUUCGUAAAUAAUUUGUCAAAAUGAUUUUAUAAGGCCGAAAUUUAAGAUGAAGGUGCACAGCCGCAUGCGUCAAGCAGGCCGAAAUUUUGAGUUAUUACUCGCAAUGAACCAUUGGUAUUCACAUUUAUGUUUAUAUUACUGAAUAAUGUGUGAUUAGACGAAAAAAAAACAGAUUCAUAGUCAGUCACUGUAUGUAACGCAAAAACAUCCGAGCAACGGGGGAGUGAUAAAAAUAGUGGCAGACGAUCUAAUCUAGCAAAUUUCACAGCAUAUACUUUUUACGUCGCAUUCUACUUUCGUUUUAGCAUGCCCAAAACACUAGCAAAAUAUAACUUUCCGACUCGACCUGUCGUCUAAAUCUUACUGGCAAGGAAGAACAAUGGGUUUAAUCAGCAAUAUAGGUACAAAGUCAUUGAUUACAUGUAGAUUUGACGAACUGCCUAUUCUCUUAACGUAAAUCAGUGGUGAAAUGAUAUGAUUGACAAAGUAAAGUUGCGCACUGAUAGUUGUUCAAUAAAACUUGUUGCUUAUUAAUUAUCACCGGAAAUCUGUCUCUGAAAAUACAAGCUAACACUUCAUGAGGGUAACAGAAUAAGAAUUUUUAAAGUAUGAAUCAUCAGUGUCAUCUUUAAACAAAAGAAAGGAAAGCACUUUCACAUGCCAUGGUAGGCAUUAUAAAGAAUACUACAAAAUAUCUAUCCCAUAUCUGAGAUAUGAAAGAUUCUCAAAUUCAAUGCGAAAAUAGUAUGUAAAAUGACGCCGACAAGCGUUCUUGGACGAAUGCCCUUUCAAUGCCAAACCGCGCGUUAAAAGUGCCCCUUUUCAAGGGAAGCACCAUGCCCCUUUAAGAGUCUGCAGGAAACACUGAUCAUGCAUUAGGGAUGUUGAUACAGGUGUCAUAAUAAAAAGACUUUUUCUACUGUUUUUAUCAAGCUCAGUGUUAGAAUAUAACAGUCCAAGUAUUUUUAUGUACAAGUAGUAAUAGAUCAUAAGGUGAAAAUAUUUUCUUAAAAAAUGGAAGGAAUGAGACAUUAAUCUAGUUGUUUGCCCUUUUAAGUUAUGUUAACAUAUAUAUAUAUAAGUAUGACUGGAAUUGAAUGAAGAACGUCUCCUUAGGCCAAAACUGAGUACUUGAAAUUUUUUUACAAAAAUUCUCCAUCUAAUUUAGAGUGAUAAAGAAAUUACAAGUUAUGAAUAUUUAAGUAGAAAUUAUAACAAAGAAGUUAUCCUAGAUUUACUAGUAACUAGAUUUGUUUCACUGUUUAGUCUUAAAAACCUACCUCUGUUUUCUGAUGCUUCUACAACAGAGAUUUUAUUUUUUGCUACAUUUUGUUUGCAAAUUGGUUUACUAUUUGUCAAAUGAAUUCUCCAACUAUGUUUAUGGUGUAAUUGUUAGUAUAUAUAUAAAUUAUUAUGUUUACCACUACUUGGAUUUGCAAUCGUAUUACCACAAGAAACAGAUGGAAAUCUUAUUUGUAUUUUUGUUCUCUUCAAGCACUUUAUUCAUGUCAUAAGCACUAAGCAUAAUUUAUUAUAAACCUUCAUUAUGGUGGUUCUGCAGGUGCAAAUCAAAAUUUUUUCUACAAUGUAGAAUUUGAUAAAACCCUGAUUUGUAAAUUCUUCAGUACAUACUUGAAAAAUUUAGCAAAUAAAAAAAGAUAGGGCUGUGAGGUUGAAUGAUUAGUGGACUGAUUUGAAAAAUUUUGACCCCACACAAGUUUUGAUAAUGGGAGUCUAUGGGAAAAAUCACAUUUUUGCGAAUAGAAUUUUUAAAGAGAUCUAUGCAUAAGACAUUUCUUGGAAUUAUUUAAACGUCUGAUGUUUUAAUAUCAUAUUUCAACUUAAGAAAAAUUGCAGUGUUAAAAAUAAAUUUACUCACCAUUUGCUGUAAGUCAUAAAAUGAUUUUCUUUUCUGAAUGCGGAAUCGAGGCUUUAUUCUACGUUGUCCGGAUAAAUGAUAUGGCAGUAGAUCCAGUUUACAAAACUGAAAGAUGUUGAAUUUUUUAUGAUUUACACUGCAUAUAAUGACAUCAAUAUGUAAGACGGAAACUUUAAAAAGCGAAAACUUCUUUUUGUUGUGUAACUUUAAACCUGGCAAAGAAUUUAAUGAAACUUUGCAUACAAACAGCAUAAACUACAACAAAAAUCUGGACAAAGUUUAAGCAGUAUAGAUGCACAGAGAAAAAGGUGACUGCUACUUUAAUUGUUAAAUAUUUUUUAAUUCUGUGUCUAAAUUCCAUAUUUAGAAUGUUGAUGUAUCUGGGCCCAGUCUGUUGCACGUGCCGAUCAUCUUAACUUUACUGGGAAAAUCUCUUACUGUAAAUAGAUAUUUAACAAGUACAUUAUGUUAAUGGCUAAAUGAAAAUAAAGUUUUAUCUAACUUUAUAUUGUUUCACAUAUAAGUAAUGCUCGAUUUUUCACGUAUAUUUAGUGAUUGUUUGAGGAACCAGUACAGUUUAAUAAAUGCUGUUAAAGCGUAAAACUGUA